GCUGAUGGGUUCAGCUCGAGGGAUCCUCUGUUCCGAAGCAGUAUCCUAGAAUCGAAUAGAAACGGUCCGGGUCAAUACGCGCUGUUCAGAUUUGAGCUUGGGAACGAGGUGUGCCACCCAACACUCCUCCUCAACAAACCCGCGCCCGUGUUGUACAUGAUCCGAGCUAUCUUCCAACAAUGUUCUCCUGCCUGGAUUCUACCACUCACUCGCCAGUCAAAUGCUCGCCCAAUUUGGAGUUCCGCUACGUUUGACUCGCCCACGACGUCAUUUUUCGCUCUCGGCAACCCUCGUCCCGUCAUUCAACCCGACAUUUAUGGUGAUAGCCAGUUUGCUGACAAAUCACACGUGAAUUCACUUUUCUCUCAAAUCGGGAAAAACACCUCCAACGAGGAUGGCUCACGGCUAUCCCCCUAUUCUAAAUGA